UCACGCUAUUCCUUGUUGACUAUCCAACAUGGCUGCAGCUAGGUGUGAUGGAGAAAUUCUCUGUCUUUUUGAUGUAGAUGGAACGGUUACUCCUUCUCGCUUGGUGAUAAAACCCGAGAUGAAAACAUUAAUGUCAAACCUCCGAAAAAAAGCGAAAGUUGGACUUGUUGGUGGUUCUGAUUUUGUUAAAUUACAGGAGCAAAUGGGAGGGGAUGAUGUGACCCAUUUAUAUGACUAUGUCUUCCCUGAGAAUGGCUUGGUGGCAUAUAAAGAUGGACAACUUUUGGCUGUUCAAAGUAUAAAAAAGUACCUUGGUGAACAGAAAAUUAAAGAGUUUGUGAAUUUCUGUUUGAGAUAUAUAGCUGAUCUAGAGAUUCCUGUUAAAAGAGGAACUUUCAUUGAAUUUCGCAAUGGUCUCAUCAAUGUWUGUCCCAUUGGAAGGAAUUGCUCUCAAGAAGAAAGAAUAGCAUUUAAUGAAUAUGACAAGGAGCACAAAGUUAGGGAAACAUUUGUGAAUAUUCUAAGAGAAAAGUUUAAGGAUUUCAAGCUUCACUUCAGUAUUGGUGGACAAAUCAGUUUUGAUGUGUUUCCUGAGGGAUGGGAUAAACGAUAUUGCCUUAACCAUGUCAUGAAAGAAAAUUACAAAGAAAUUCACUUCUUUGGCGACAAAUGUUAUCCGGGAGGCAACGACUGGGAGCUUUAUGAAGACUCACGUACCAUUGGGCAUAAAGUCACGUGUCCAGAAGAUACCAUGGUCCAAAUUAAGCAGUUGUUUGGUCUUUAAUGAAGACGUUUUUAGUUUAGUAUUUGGAAUUUUUAUUGCAGAUAGUUACAUGUAUAGCACAACAUAAUAUCAGGCUGCUGUAUACAAAUUGUAUACAUUGUACAUGAUAUUUAACUUGUAUUGCCAUUGAUGUCGUUCUUAAAAACUGGCUUCCAGAUGAAAAAGGUAURAACAGACUCCUCUGGCAUGUUGAUGAAUCGCAUGCUAUUAUGAAGGGAAGAUUUAUUGUAAUCAUUAAGGUGUAUAUUUAACAAUUAUUGCGACAAAAAAUAAAAAAUAAAAUGUAAAUCAAG